UGAAAUAUCACGACAUACGUUUAGAUUUAAAACAAUUUUAGCAACUUUUAAUCAAAUAGAGAAUAUAGGUUUUUGUAGAACACAUACAUUUUAGAUAAUGUUUCUAAACGCGGCAAAAUCAUUUUCUUCUUUGAGAGAAGAGAUUACCGAUUCGCUAGAAUUCGAAUUGCUUCCACGCCACAUCGAACAGGCAGAAAAGCUGGAGAAUAAGGUUAAUAACAGGGUGAGGAAUGUGUUCAAAUUGGCGUUUGCCUCCGUCAUGAGAGAUCUGACUGAAGCCGUAUCUGUUUCAGAAGUUCACAACGACGAUUCGUAUAAAAAGAGAAUGACGCUUAAACACCUCCAAGAAGGCGAGGACCUUAAAAAAAAGAAAGAUGAGUUGAAACAAUGGAAGCAAUUAAAAGAAGAUCUGUCAUGGAAAGAAAAACUGGGCAAAAUUAUGGAAGCCAAAGGUAUUUAUUAUAGGAAAGUACUUCUGAAGAAAAAAAUCACAUUGAAACUUGUCCGUUGGUUUAAAAAACGAAUGGGAAUAAAGGCGAAGUUGAGAGGGGAUAAGAUGAAAAAGAAUCUUCACCUUCAAAAAUAUAAACUUAUGAAACCAUUGAUUGUUAGACGACUCCUAAAAGACAUUAUUGCUUGUGGUUUUUACAGCUUCAUGCGGGAAAGACUUAUAGAUAUUUUGUACGACAGAAAGAGGAAACAGUUAAACAAAAUGAAAAAAGCUGAGAAAAAAUACAAAAAUCUCGUGAAAUUCUAUCAACAAAAAUUAGCCGAAGCCAAUAAAUUCGCUGUUGCUCGAAGGAAAAUUCGAGAAAGGUUAAUUCAACUUAAAAUUCUCAGAAUAAAAACUGACGUCAAAUCAAAAGUUUUCAAACACAUGAAACGGCUUGGUUUCAGCACAACUCGAGAAGCUGAGGAUUUUCAUAGUUCUGCAAUGAAACAUUUGCAACGACUCCAAAAAACGGGCUUAAGCAGCACUGACAAUUUAGUUCAUUUCAAAUCUCUAAAUUCAGACACAUUCAUCAGGACAGUUUUUUUGGAUUUAGCAAAACAAGGCAAAAUAAAUGCGCGAGACCAUACUGAAUUAAGUCGCUACGGUUUGUCUCCCAACUCCAAAGCACGUUUAAAAAUUAAAAUGAAGCAGCCACUCAAUAAAACGGUCAAAACAAAUGUUGUCCCUUUACUGAAGAAACCGAUUACAAAAGGUAUAGAGACUGAAUCUAAACAGAAAAGUUCACUGCCACUAUGUAAAUUAAAUCGUUCUUCUAUUAAAGUAGAAUUGCCACGUAAUAAACCGUUCAUAAAAAAAUACAGAAUGAAUAGGCACAGAAGAGAAAAAAAGAAAAAUAAAAGUUCCCAAAAGACAAAUAAAACAACACAAAAAUUAUCAAAAGAGGGCAACUUCACUAAAUUUAAGCUCAUCUUCCAGUAA